AUGUCGAGAGCAUCUAAGAUCACACUAGCAUUAUCAACAGUUUUCUCCAUUGCCACCAUUGGGGCCGUCUACUAUAUGGCGGAAUACGAGAAGGACCAACUACAGACAGGCCCGAUACGGGACAAGGAAAGACUUGAGAAGCGGUCUUUUAACCAGAAGCAGCGGGCAAAUCUAGAGGAGUAUGAGGAGCAGAAGAAGCUCUUUACCGAGAUGCAGAAGGAGCAGCCGUUAAGUGGAGAGGUUGUGGAAGGGAUUGACCGAAGCAAGUGA